AUGGCGACGGUCCAGGGGGCUCCAUUUCUGGAUCCCUACGAAGUGGUCUUGACUUCCAGACCUGAGGACGGCUGCUUCCCCCCUCUCUCGUCGACUCGCCGACCCUGGAUACAAAAUGGAGUCCCGCUCGCCUCUGAGCGUCCAGGCUACAAUCUUCUCUUUCGAAUCCUGCAGCCUCCAGCGGCUGUCUCUCCUCGCUCCGUCCACUGUUACUUCAUGACCGACGAAGGCCGAACUCCUUGUGCUUUUACGCCGACCACCAUGGGCCGGCACCAUGUGUGGCAGGAGCUAACUUUCCAAGGACGUCGAGCUGAUCCUGCAAUGUGUCGAUGGCACAGAAGACGACCGGAACUGGAGACUAGUCUCCUGGUCCAGUUGGCAAUUGCCGAUGGUGCCAUAUUUGGGUACGACACUCUCGCCGACCUACGUCAGCAGGCCAUUCCGGCCGGCGAGGAUGAAAUGAUUCUCCGACUCAAGGAUGCAGCGUUGGACCAACCGAUCUUGCGGAAAUGCACGAGGACUGGCGGGGUGACCACCGACCCGAUGCCGAAAAGCGCAUUUCUCGCGAUUUUCAAGAGUACAGUGAUCAACGCCGGCUACUUUUGGAGCUUGUCCAUCCACGCCAUUAGGCGGAUGUUGGGAAACGGUGCUGACCUUAAGCCUCCCGCUCACUCAGCGUUCCCGGAGACACCUUGUAGCUCCUACACCAUAUCCACGCGGCAGACGUUCCUGCCCUCCACGUUAAUUCUACACGUUAGGGCGACACACCGCUGUCGAACGCUCACAGCACUUGACGCAAGCCGAUCUUUUGCUCUCCCCGCCGGCAACACCACUCGCAUACGACUGCGAGUCGGUCUGCUCAAGAUUACGCUUCGCGUCAAAAUUCCAGAAGGCCAUCGCAGAACCAAAGGCGCCAAAAGGAGAAGCAAGUGUCCCAAAGGGAAGAAGGCAGUAAUAACACCGAAGCAACAGAGUGGAAGAGGCCGGAAGAAGUCACUUCACUGA